UUGGUCACUUCAAACCUCGACACAGAGGAUAAAGGUCGUCUGUGUAUAAAUGUGACUACCUAAUAUGUAACGGAAGUUCAAGGAAAAAACCAGGCCACUAAUGAGAUAAUUUUGAUAAUUAUCUCUAAAUUAUUGAUUAAUUUCGUAGUAAAUUAGAUACUAAAAUGAAGAUUUGGACUUCAGAACACACUUUCAACCAUCCGUGGGAGACGGUUGCUCAAGCAGCAUGGAGAAAAUACCCCAAUCCUAUGAACCCCGCAGUUAUCGGAACCGAUGUAAUCGAAAGGAAGGUUGUGGAUGGGGUUUUAGUCACACACAGACUCGUCAGUUCGAAAUGGUUUUUCCCGAGAUGGGCACAAGCACUCAUUGGAACUGCGAAAAUUUGCUACGCUAGUGAAAAAUCUGAAGUAAACCCAAAUGAACGACAGAUGACCUUAAAAACAACAAACCUCACAUUCUGUCGGUACAUUGCUGUUGAUGAGACUGUACGGUACACACCGCAUCCAUCUGAUACUUCCAAAACCUUGCUAAAACAGGAGGCUGUAGUCACAGUACAAGGAGUACCACUUAGUAGCUACAUGGAAGAUCUCUUGACUAACAAAAUAUCUUUGAAUGCUGGCAAAGGUCGCCAAGCUAUUGAGUGGGUCAUUGGUAAAAUAGACUCUGAAAUAAAAGAACUGGCAAGUACAGCAUGUAAAAGCACAGAUGAACUAUUAUCACACACAAAGAAAUCUCUUGAUGACAUUACUUCCACUGCACGGAGAUCAAUGGAUGAUAUAUCAUCGAAGGCCAAGAGGUCACUGGAUGAUAUAGAAAAAUUCACUAAGGCCAAUGCCAAUCAAAGGAGCUGAAAAGAGGAGUGAUCGUAUUGUUGUGCCACACAACUCAUGACCUGCACUAAAUGUCUAAUUAUAACUAGUUAAUUUAUGUACUGUUAUAAUACUGUAAUUUAUUUAUUUUGUAAUAGCAAAAAUGUGCUUAAUAGCGUGCUUACUAAGGUGAAUAUUCAGAUAAAGGCACAGUUAUCAAGUUAGUUUUUGCAUGGUAUAUCAACUGAUUGUGUUAUCAGCUUUAUUGAAGAUUGAUGACAUAUCAGUAAAAUGUUAAAUGUGCAAAACUCUCUUCAAAUGUGUAACAUAGUACCUGCAUUGAAUUUUUAUUAUUAUAGAUAGGUAUUCUUGUUUUUGGGAAUAAUAUAAAUUACCUCAUAUGACAAAUUUAUUGUCACUCCUCAAAGAGUAAAUGUGUUGUUGUGUAGUUAAACUUAUAUAUUGAGGAAAAGUAAUUGUAGAUAAAAUGAUUUUAAUAAGUAUUGUAGAUUUACAAAACUAAAUGUGUAUAAAUGUAGCUUAAUAAUAAUUGGAUGUUUAAUGAUAGUAAAAUUUCUUUCACAUUUUAUAUUAAUUAAUUACUAUAUUAAUAUAUAUUCUUAAAUUUAAUGACAACACUUUGUGAUAAAAGGUAAUUUAUGCAACACAAAACAAGUUGGCAAGGAUAUUUUACUUUCAAUUCCAAGUCAAAGCCAAGAAUAGGAAUGAUGAUAAUUAUAAAUCGAUUUAGUCCAUCAGUUAGGUAAUGUAUAAAUAUUAGACACGUAUUUUUUACUGUCAUAUAAGACAACAAUAGGUAAACAAAUAAAAGUUUGAAAGUGGGAUAUAGAAAAAAAAAUACGUGUCUAAUGUUUUAAAAUAAUCUACCAGAUGGACAUUAAAAUAAAAAAUCGUCAUCUACCCUAUUGCUAAUGCAGACAAGACUGAUACACUUCAUAAGAAUAAUGAUCCCAUCUAUGCUUGAUGCAGAUAACAAAUAACAAUAUAUGGACCCAUAUCUGUCUCAAAGAUUGUGUGCAAUCAUGAAUGUAAUGUAAUGUAUUAUCUACAUCCACUCAUAUGGACAGGUGCAGUCAGGUCAAUCAAUAGUAUGAUCAUUCUUGUAAACAUUGUAUAUUUGCGAAACUCAGCCAUAUGCUACCAUUCCUUGUUGGUUGUCCUUGAGUUAUGGCAAAUGCAUUCCAAGUUAAUGUCGUUUUGUGUUAGAGUUGAUACCAGCCCACACUGGUAACGAAAAGGAGAAUUGUCGUGUUUUAAGAUUCUUCCUGUCCACAUUUUUAUAUGACUUUUCACUUUUGAGUGGCACGAAAGUGGCAGUUUUUACCAAAGGAUUACUUAUAUUUGAAUGCAAAUAAGAAGAACAAAUUUCAAAUUAUUUAUCUAAAAGUUACAUUGUGACCUCAUACCAAAUGUGAUCUUAUGAACACUUGGUAUUGAUCUAAAACUAUUUUCAGCAUCAGUGUAUUUUAAAUUUCAUAUGAUUUGCAAUAAAUUUUUGAUGAAGUAUAAA